AGAUGGCGACCGAUCACGUGCUCGAGCUGUCCGGGGUGCACUACACAGGACCCGUGGCUCCUCCUACCUGCUUUCAGGCCUUCACGGGAACCGGGGUUACGGCGCCCCUUCUCAAGGAUGUCAGUCUGGAGCUGCACGCUGGAGAGGUCAUGGCGGUGCUCGGAUCCAAGGGGAGCGGCAAAAAGGCCCUGCUGGAGGUGGUGGCCCGCCGGGCCAUGGGUCCCACGCGGGGACAGAUCCUGCUCAACGACGUGCCCCUCACGGUCCGGCUGUUCCAGGAGCAGUGCGGCUACGUGGCACGUCGGGUGACGCUCGUGCCCGGAGUCACCGUCAGGCAGACGCUGCACUUCGCGGCCAAGCUCACCGUCGCCUCCAAGGUGUCCGGAUCCGUCAAGAGGGGAAGGGUGAAGCAAGUGAUGGCCGACCUGGCCCUGAACCAGGUGUCCAAUAAGGAGGUGAGCACACUGUCAGUGAACGAGUACCGGAGACUGAGCAUCGCCAUGGAGCUUGUCAGGGACCCAGUGCUGAUCGUGCUGGACGAGCCCACGGCUGACCUGGACCCCCUGAACACGUACUUCGUGGUGUCCAUCCUGGCCAACCAUGCCAAGAAGUACAACCGCCUCGUGCUGCUCACCAUGUCCAAGCCGAGGUCGGACAUCUUCCCCUUCCUCGACAGGGUGGCCUACCUCUGCCUCGGCGAACUCGUCUACACAGGCCACACGCGCACGAUGCUGGAGUACUUCCGGAGCAUCGGCUUCCCCUGUCCCGAGCUGGAGAACCCCCUCAUGUACUACCUGUGCCUGGCCACGGUGGACCGUCGCUCCCGGGAGCGCUUCAUCGACUCGAGCAGCCAGAUCCAGACCCUGGUGGAGAAAUUCCGGACGGACGGCUCCCGCUACCGCAAGGGGGGCCCGCCCUCCGAGAUGGGAAACAUGACCGAGUCGUCGCAGUACAAGCUGCCGCUCACCGCCUACGGACAGCCGUCCUGCUGGCACACCUUCUGGGCCCUCUAUGGGCGGCUGUGGGCCUCGUCGUUCAACUGCAACGGUCGUGCCAUGGGCCACCUGGGCUUGAGAGUGGCGCUGAUGCCGGUGCUGUUCGCCCUGCUGCUGCUCUUCUACUUCCCGCUGUCAGGCUUCCAGCACAGCUUCCUCAGCAGAAACGGGCUCUUCCUCAGCUGCUUCGUGGCGUCGUCCUUCGGAGCAGCCGCCAUCACGGCCGUCACGUACGCUCCGCACCGGACCCGCUACUACCAGGAGAGCCGUGAGGGCAAGUACCGGGGCCCGUUGUUUGUCUUCAGCCACACCGUGUUCAGCAUGCCGCUGAGCGUCAUCAGCGUCUUUGCGGGAGCCACUAUCAUCUACGCAGGGACAGGCCUCAGGAUGGACUGGCAACGCUGGGCCACCUUCUGCGGUGUCCUCUGGUGCCUGUACGCCCUCGCCGAGCAGCAGACGGUCGCCCUCAUGAUGGUGGUCAAGAGUUCCUACGCUGCCUUCAGGGCAUCCGCCUGCAUCCUGUCCAUCUGCAUCGCCCUGGCCUCCGGUACCGUCCGCAGCCUGGUGGUCCUCCCGGACUGGACGUACUACCUGACGUACGCCACGCUGCAGCGUUACGCAGCGGCCUUCGUGCAGCAGAACGAGCUGGACAUGCACCCGGGCCUCGAGAACUUGCCGUCCUUCAACGGGACCCUGUGCGGACCCAACGUGGAGAGUGGACGAUGCUUCUUCGUGAACGGGACGCACUACUUGGGACACAAGUUUCGAAUGGGCGGCAGGGGACAGUCCGGAGUGGACGUCUUGUACUGGCUCAACUUUGGCAUCUGCUUCGCGUUCGUGGGCUCCUUCUGCCUGGUGAACGUCAUCUCGCACAUUAUUCCGCUGCCGGCUUCUAUCAAGUCCAAAUUCAGAGAUUAAAACACAGCCCGAUCUUCACCAAUUUAUUUCAAGUUCGGAGACCAAAGUCCAACACUGCUUCAGAAGUCCAACACUGCUUCAGAAGUUCAAGUUCAGCGAUAGAUAACAUUGUGUAUCACCGAACCUGAAGACAACCCUAAGUUCUGAUAUCAAUGUGCAAUGUUGAACAUGAAGACAUGUCUGAGUUUAUAGCAGUCAUACAUGGGUCCUAAAUACGGGUCCAGGAUCAGUGCAGUUCAUUAUGACGAGCCAAAUUAAUGGCAUUAAAGUACAACAUCGAACCUGAAGGCAAGUCCAUGAUCAGAGUAGUCCAACACUGGUCCUAAAUUCAAGUCGACGGUCAGAGUAGUUCAACAUUGGUCCUAAAAACGUGUCCAAGUGCAGAAUAGUACGAGACGGGUUCCUUAGGCAAAUCCAAGCUCUAGCAUCAAAGUAAAACAUGGGCCCUGAAGACAAGUUCAAGUUUUGAAAUCGAAGUCCCGCCGACAAAUACGUCACGAAUUAAUCUGACGCCUGACGCCGGUGGUGAAAAAUAUCGUGAGAACACUGCCUUGCCGCUGCGCAAACGCUAGAGGUGCUCGGUGCCGCUGAGGCGGCGAAGAGAACACUGUACAAGUAUAUUACUAAUAAUACUAAACGCAGCACACUUUCCUGAAGCAACUGAUGUAGCGUUAGGAAUAUCUGAAAAAAAAACAACGAAAAAAAACAACAAAA